AUGCGCCCCUGUACCGCCUCCUCAUGCUGCUGCCAGGCCCGUAAUCUGCCAUGGGCCCCCGUACCGACUCCUCAUGCUGCUGCCAGGCCCGUAAUCUGCCAUGGGCCCCUGUACCGCCUCCUCAUGCUGCUGCCAGGUCCAGAGUGUGUCAUGGGUCCCUGUACGGCCUCCCAUUGCUGCUGUCUCUAUCGCCACACUCUGCCAUGUGCCACUUUCAGGUCUCCUCACACUGCUGGUGGUUUCCAUUUUUUGUCAUAGGGUGCUGUAUGGCCUCCCAUUGCUGCUGCCUCCACCGCCACACUGUGGCUCCACACUCUGGUUUUUGGCCCCGUGACUGCCCAAAUGAGUGAAGUGUGCGGUGAUUCUAAGAUCGACGGCACUCAUCUGCAUGUCAUACUGCUGACAGUAUUAUUUCUCUUCCCCAGCAGACUCCAAGGGCAUUUAAAUUAAAGGUACAGUGUUCAGCACUAAUAUUA